AUGAGGGUGUCAGUGCCGGGGCCGGCGGCCGCCGCGGUCCCCACGGCCGGCCGCGAACCGACGCCCGGGGGGGGCGCCGUCGCGGCCUCGGGAGCCGCGGUUCCCGGUUCGGUGCAGCUGGCGCUGAGCGUGCUGCACGCGCUGCUCUACGCCGCGCUCUUCGCCUUUGCCUACCUGCAGCUGUGGCGGCUGCUCCUGUACCGCGAACGGCGGCUCAGUUACCAGAGCCUCUGCCUCUUCCUGUGUCUCGCGUGGGCAGCGCUCAGGACCACGCUCUUCUCGGCCGCCUUCUCCCUCAGCGGCUCUCUGCCCCUGCUGCGGCCACCCUCUCGCCUGCACUUCUUCCCGCACUGGCUGCUCUACUGCUUCCCCUCCUGCCUCCAGUUCUCCACGCUCUGUCUCCUCAACCUCUACCUGGCAGAGGUCAUAUGUAAAGUCAGAUGUGCCACUGAACUUGACAAACACAAAAUUCUACUGCAUUUGGGCUUUAUUCUGGCAAGCCUUCUCUUCUUAGCAGUGAACUUGACCUGUGCAAUGCUAGUCCACGGAGAUGUCCCUGAAAAUCAAUUGAAAUGGACUGUGUUUGUUCGAGCAUUAGUUAACGAUAGCUUGUUUAUUCUCUGUGCCAUCUCUUUAGUUAGUUACAUAUGCAAAAUUACAAAAAUGUCAUCAGCAAAUGUCUACCUCGAAUCAAAGGGUAUGUCUCUGUGCCAGACUGUCAUCGUGGGCUCUGUGGUCUUUCUUCUCUACUCUUCCAGAGCUUGUUACAAUCUGGUAGUGAUCACCAUAUCGCAGGAUACCUUAGAGAGUCCGUUUAAUUAUGGCUGGGAUAAUCUUUCAGAUAAGGCUCGGGGGGAAGAUGGAAAUGGAGGAGACUACAUGGUCUUCGGAAUGGUCCUCUUUCUGUGGGAGCAUGUACCAGCAUGGUCGGUGGUACUGUUUUUCCGGGCACAGAGAUUAAACCAGAAUCUGGCUCCCGCUGGCGUGAUCAGCAGCCACAGCUACAGCUCCAGGGCUUUCUUUUUUGACAAUCCAAGACGGUAUGACAGCGACGACGACUUGCCAAGACUGGGGAGCUCACGGGAAGGAAGCUUAUCAAACCCGCAGACGCUGGGCUGGUACGGCACCAUGGCCGGGUGUGGUGGCAGCACAUACACGGUCACCCCCCCGCUGAACGGACCUGUGACGGACACUGCCCCUUUGCUCUUCACGUGCAGUAACUUGGAUCUGAGGAACCACCAUAGCUUAUACGUAACCCCACAAAACUGACGGCUUCCCCGGGGCAGAAGCCUCGGACCAUUCUUCACGAACGCGUGCGUGUUUCCGGCAUCUCUAAACCCACCUGCAUCAACACGGCAUCACCUGUCCCGACUAACAAAGAACAUCUGCAGGCGCGGCUGUGCUUCGUGGGUCUCCGCGUCCUGACCUCCGCCCAGCGAGACGUGAAGUUUGCAGGAGAAGAGAUCGGACGCUAAGGUACUCGGUGACCUCAGAACCUCCUAACUUUGGGGCACCCUGCACACAUUUGCAUAUUUGCACUUUCACCUAUGUUUGGAAAGAAUACUCUGCAGUCCCCAAGGCCACACGCUUGAGUAUUCACACCAGAAUAUUACUGCACACUAAAUCGGGAGGCAGUUUUCCACACAAAUCAAAACCUAGAAACCCGAUGGCGUACUCCACCUGACCCAGUGACAGCUUUAAAGUGUGAUCAGUGCACAGAAUUAAGGAUUUAAAAUGCAUCUUUCUUUUAAAAAAAAAAAAAUCUAAAAACGUGAAACACUUAAGACAGUUUUUUAAAGCAUGCUUUGAAAAGUGUCAAUUUUAAUUACUCCAUUAUUUUAAACAAGGGAUAGUAGAAACCCUUCAGGUGCUGCUGGCUGGCAGUGUUCUUUGGAAAAGCCAGACGGGUUUCUUUGAGAGGAGCAGUAAGCCAAGAGGAGACCGUGUGGCUUUGAGGAGGACUGGUCAAGUGGCUAUUUUGUGACUAAGUAGCAGUUUAAGCAUGAUUCUUCCAGAAGCAAUAGUGACCUUUGCAUAGGGGGCUUCGGUAAAAUGUCUUGGGACUAAACAAGUUUACAGAUGCGUUUAGGGAUUCUUCAUUGGAAAAAGAAAAAGUGCUAAGUUAAAAACAGUAUUCUUUAAAAAGCAUUCAAUUUGUCCAAAAGGGGGUGGAGCUCAUCCUUCCUUACUGAGUCAAAACUGACCUCAGGUAGACUAAAUCAGGAGGCAUUUUGCAGUGAGCUAAAGUGCAAUACUUAAUAAAGUGUAUAAUCAGUACUUUAUAACCCACCUUUAUUUUUCAUGUUUUGUACCUUGUAUAUGGCCUAAACCAAAUUAAAUUAAUCCCAAUCAAUUCCAGCAUUAGAUUAGCAAGCAAACAGGAGAAAUGCUAAGAGGUUCACAAGAUUGGAAUAUUUUAGGAUUUCAUUAAAACUAUCUUAAACAUGA